GAAGAGAAAUAAAAAGGUGGAUCAUGACUUAACACCUAAUUCCCUCUCCAUAGGAUCUCAAGGCACAGUAGGUAUAGUAGUAGUAGCAGUAGACUCAGUAGAAAAAAUACAGUGAAUUUCUAUUGCUUAUAUGCAGUGUUCGAGGAGUUGGCCUUGUAUUUUCCUUUGUCUCCAUCUCCCAUUCUCCAUUAACUAUUCUGCAUAGCCUUUUUGAGAUCAUAAAAAAGGAUCACUUCUCAACGACAAAGACAAAGUAAAAUAAGAAGAAGAUAAAGAAAAAAGAAAGAAAAUGGAGGUUGGGAAUGGAAGAAGAAUAUGCAGAGAGAAUAGCCCAGAAAGAUCAGAAAGAGGGAAAUCACAAAGCAGCAGAAGAUCAGUGAUAAGACCAAGUUUCAGAAAGGUUCAAGUUGUGUAUUACCUCUCAAGAAAUGGCCAACUUGAACAUCCUCAUUACAUGGAAGUCACUCAUCUUGCUCAUCAACAGCUUCGCUUGAAAGAUGUGAUUGAUAGGCUUACCAUCUUGAGAGGUAGAGGCAUGCCUUCACUAUAUUCUUGGUCUUGCAAAAGGAGCUACAAGAAUGGGUAUGUGUGGAAUGACUUGGCUGAAAAUGACUUCAUCUGCUGCCCAUCUGAAGGCGCUGAGUAUGUUCUCAAAGGAUCUGAAAUUAUUGAAGGUUCCACAGAAAAAUUUCAGCAACUUCAUUUAACAGAGUCCCCACAAUUGAGAAACACAUGCCAACAAGUUCAAGAGUCAAACUUCCUGCCAAAACGCAAAUCAGUAGGUCCAAAACGACAUACAGAGGCAGAAAUUGUUCAGAACAACGUUCAUUACCUAGACGAAAAUAUUGAAGAAGAAUAUGAAGAGAAAUCAAGUUACACUAGCUCAACUACACCCAAUUCCACAUGCUCUAGAGGUGUUUGCACUGAUGAUCAAAACGAGUUAAUCCAACCAAUUACUCGGAAAAAUCCUACCGAGUUAACUCACACCAACUCGUUAUCUCCUCCUUCAGCAAUAUCCUCUUCACUUUCAGACAAGCCUAUUAAUAAUGAAAUUACCAACACGUCCAAGCGGUUCGAAGAUGGUGAUCCAGUUGCCUCCGAGUCACUACUGAGUCGAAACUCGGUCCUCUUUCAACUCAUCUCCUGCGGAGGAUCAGUGUCGUUUAGAGGAAAGACUGAGCCAACGAUUGUGAAGCAAACUCCGCCGUCGCCGCCGUGCACGGUGGUGGUGGCUAGGAAGAGUAGCAGUAGUAGUGCUAGUUUUCAUAAAGGGGUGUUGUGUAAAGUGGCGGCGAAGAAUUUGGAUGUGAAUGAGGUGGAAGAGAUCAAGUACAUGUCGGAGAAUCCACGAUUUGGGAGUUUGCAGUCGGAGGAGAAGGAAUAUUUUAGUGGGAGCAUUGUCGAAUCAAUGACGACGGAGGAACGAACAGCUCAAGUUGAACCGCAGUUGAAGAAAUCAUCUUCCUAUAACGAAGAAAGGAGCUCAAAGGCAGGACAGAGAGAAAUAACAGCAGAAGCAGAAGAUAUGGAAUUGAAGAAGGAAAGGGCUGUAAAAGGAAAAUGCAUUCCAAGGAAAAAGUCUUCUUCUAAACAGUCCAAAAAAUGACCUUUCUUCUAAAAGUCUUCUGUUUAAUAGCAGUACUGCUUUUAGACUUUUAGCUACUUUCCCCUCUCCCCCCCCCCCCCCCCCCCCCCCAAAUCCUUUUUCUGUAGAGGUGCAAAAAAUAGUGAGGUUUCAACUUGGGAUUUAUUAGACUGUUGUUGAACUCCUGA